AUGGGAAUGGAGAAGGCACACGAAAUCUUUUUUUCAUCAACAUCUGUAACUAGUAUGUAUCGUUUUAUGCAAAAAACUGUGUUAAUUUGUAUUAUCCUCACCGGUGUGCUAGAGGUGGCAGAGACAGGUUUCAAUGCUGUUUACAUGAAGCAGACCGAAGCAAACUUUACUUGUGGAAAUCCUCCCGAAAACUUCUUUGAAACCCAGCAAGGAUUUCUGAGUGCUGAGGACAGAACACCGCUCACAUGUAAUUCAAGCAACCCACCAAAUGCAUAUCCUCCACAAAACAUGGUCGAUGGUUCUUUAGCGACUCAUUGGCAAUCAAAAGGUGGAGACGACCUGGCAAUAAUUACAAUAAAUUUUGAACAGGCGCUCUUUGUUCAGAAUAUGAACAUCACAUUUGGAAACUAUCGAAGGCCAGGAGCUAUGAAGGUGGAAAAGUCGACAGAUUUUGGCAUCACUUUUACUCCGUGGCACUACCUGGUAACCUCUCCUGCAGCCCGUCAAUGCAGUACACAGUUUGGUGUUGCUGCCUUCCAGGGAGUUAUAUCCCGUGUGGAUCAAGUGUUAUGUACAGAGUACGACCGUUAUUUUCCACCAGAAUAUAAUGAAACUGUGAGUAAACCACAGAAUCCCCACUCCUCCCCCCUCGAUAUAUAA